AGGACAAAGGGCGUCCGGGACAGGGACUGCUCUGCUAAGGGACCCUCAGGGCUCUGCACACCCAGCUAUCCUACUGUGGUGGCUCAAGGUCCCCCCUUGGUCCCUGAGCCAAUGGGAAGUGCUAGAGUCACAGAGAGGUAGCCUCUGGAUGGAUGAUGGCCCCUCCCCUCAGGCAGGAGGCCAGAGUGGCAGGGUCCCUGCAGACAAGGAUGGACAGGGAGGGCCCAGGCCUGGGCCAAUCCCCGGGGGCUGGAUUCUGGCUGCAGGCUCCGCUCAUCAGCCCGUUGGCCCCCACGCCAGAGUCCAAGGGUCUGUGCGGUGAGCAGGCUGGGCCAUUCUGGGUACUGCAGGGGGAUAGCCUGGUUAGGCAGCAUGGGCUUUGAGGAGCUGCUGGACCAGGUGGGUGGCUUCGGGCCCUUCCAGCUGCGGAACUUGGUGCUCAUGGCCCUGCCUCGGAUACUGCUGCCCCUGCAUUUCUUCCUGCCUGUCUUCCUGGCUGCCGUGCCCUCCCACCACUGUGCCCUGCCUGGCACCCCCGCCAACAUCAGCCAGCGGGACCUGUGGCUGGAGGCCCACCUGCCCCGGGAGCCUGAUGGCACAUUUAGUUCCUGCUUUCACUUUGCCCACCCCCGGGCUCUCUUCAACUCCACACUGCGGAGAGAGGUGCAGAGCCCCGGGGAGCCAGAGGGCCGAACUUCCACAGUUCCCUGUUCCCAGGGCUGGGAGUACGACAACUCGGAGUUCUCUUCCACCAUUGCUACAGAGUGGGACCUGGUGUGCGAGCAUAGAGGCCUGAACAAAGCGACGUCUACCUUAUUCUUCGUUGGUGUGCUGGUGGGGGCUGUGGUCUUUGGAUACCUGUCUGACAGGUUUGGGCGGCGAUGGCCACUGCUGCUGGCCUAUGUGAGCUCCCUGGUGCUGGGCCUGGCAUCUGUGGCCUCGGUCAACUAUGUCAUGUUCACCAUCACCCGCACCUUCACCGGCUUGGCUUUGGCUGGCUUCACCGUCAUCGUGCUGUCGCUGGAGCUGGAGUGGCUGGAUAUGGAGCACCGCACGGUGGCCGGAGUUCUGAGCUCCAUGUUCUGGUCGGGAGGCGUCAUGCUGCUGGCAUUGGUUGGGUACCUGAUAAGGGACUGGCGAUGGCUUCUGCUGACUGUCACCCUGCCCUUUGUCCCGGGCAUCAUCAGCAUGUGGUGGGUACCUGAGUCAGCGCGCUGGCUUCUGACCCAGGGCCGCGUGCGGGAGGCCCAGAGCUACUUGCUCCGCUGUGCCAAGCUCAAUGGGCGCCCUGUGGGCGAGGAUAGCCUGAGCAUGGAGACUCUGAGCAAAGUGGCAGCCACCGAGCGGGUGGUCCGGAGACCCUCAUACCUGGACCUGUUUCGCACCCCCCGGCUGCGACACAUCUCACUGUGCUGCAUUGUGGUGUGGUUCGGGAUGAACUUUUCUUACUAUGGCCUCACGCUGGACCUGUCGGGGCUCGGGCUGAACGUGUACCAGACGCAGCUCCUCUUCGCCGUGGUGGAGCUGCCGUCCAAGCUGUUGGUUUAUUUGUUGGUGCGCUGCGCAGGGCGCCGGCCCACGCAGGUGGGCAUGCUGGUGGGCACCGCGCUGACCUUCGGUGUGCAACUGCUGGUGCCUUCGGAGACCAAAUCCUGGCGCACCGCCCUGGCAGUGACCGGGAAAGGUUUUUCUUCUGCCGCCUUCACCACGGCCUUCCUGUUCACUUCAGAGCUGUACCCUACUGUGCUCAGGCAGACAGGGAUAGGGCUGAACUCACUGGUGGGCCGGCUGGGAGGCUCCUUGGCACCCCUGGCGGCCUUGCUGGAUGGAGUGUGGCUGUCACUGCCCAACAUUGCCUAUGGGGGGAUCACUCUGCUGGCUGCCAUCACUGCCCUCCUGCUGCCAGAGACGAGGCAGGCACAACUCCCAGAGACCAUCCAGGACGUGGAGAGAACAAGUUCCCUGCCCGGUGUUCAGGAGGAAGAGAUGAGGAACUGAGCAGGGCUGGGCACAGCCCUCCACAAGCAGCUCUGCGCCAAGGGCUGAGUGCAGAAGGGCAGGCUCCUGCGACUCGGGCUGGGGGCACUGAACCCCUCUGCCUAGGGCUGGACUUGCCUGUGCUUGUCUAGCCUUAACUAUUCAGCUGCCAGCAACAGGACCACUUCCCAGGAAACAACGGUCUGUGGGAGAUCCUGGGCACCCCUCUCAGGACUGGGGGGAUUCUGUGAAUAAAGGUGCCUUUUAGGUGGGGGCAGCAGUGAG